AUGGGAAAGCGAGCUGCAGACUUGGUGGUGAAAGAGGCUGGAGAAGAACCAGGAAGUGCCAUUCCAAAGUCUGCAGAUGCUGAUGGGGACUCGGUGUGCUCCUCCCACGGCUCUCACUCGCCUUGGUUCCUUUGCUCACCCUGCAGUGGCCGGACACCACCAUGUACCAUCCGGGGCACUGGAAGCUCUGGCUCACAGGGAAAACAACAACAGAUCCCACCCAAUGGCAUUGUUUAUAAACCUAAAGAAGUUCUGAAUCCUACUUUCAAAGUAACAAAUUGUUACAGAUCGCCCUGGGCAAACAAACUUCUUCAGAGAAGCGAGACUCAACUUGUUUGCCGGCAGCAGGUUCCAGCUAUGCCAAGGAACCCAGGUCACAGUCCGCUUUGUCAGCCUAAAGAGAACACUGGCCAGAACCAUCAUCAUCAGCCGGAAGAAAUCCAGACACUGACCAUGCAGCUGAGACACAUUGGGGACAGUGUCAAUCAAAGGAUGAUUGAAGAGCAUUUUCCACGGGAAGUCUGGGACGCGCUGGUUCCUUUUGUGGCGCUGAUGUUCCUGAGAGGCCAGGUGCUGCUGCGAUUUUUCUGGAACAACCAUUUGCUGUAAAGGACAGACAGACAGACAAGCCCCACCCUCUGGCUGCCAAUCCCCAAGGGGCAGGAGUCAAGCUGCGGGGUCCCAAACCCUCUCCAACCCCGCCUCCUCCCACCGUGGAUGGAGGUCUACCUCUGUGUCAGUUUGCUGAAGUUGCUGAUUGGAUGUCCAGCGUCUACAGAGGCCUCCCCCUGGGUCAUGCCCUUUGACCCUGCAUUUAUCACCGCUGUCUAGAUCUUCAUUGAGAACCAACUUCAUUAAGAGACUGGUCUACAUGGCUCGCAGGUCCUCUGCUCUGUGCAAAGCUGGAAGGAGCUGGGUCUCCAUUACGCAGACCUGAGCCCUGGCCCAGCCACCCUUCCCUUCUGUUAGACACCGCCACCUGUUCCUGGUCUCUCUCCUGCUCUGACUGUACCAGGCAGGCUUCUUUCUCAGGCCUAUGGAAGCCCUCCUGCCUCUGAGGUUCCCUCAGGCCUCGCCUCACCUCAUCCCUCACCCGCAGCCCACAGACGUUUCCAGAGUGCCUCCUGCGUGCCCAGCAGACUCACCUUCUAGGGAGCUUGGAGGCUGAGACAGUUACACCCAUGGCUCACCAGGAUGCCUCUGCCUGUUGUGUUUGCUUUAAUCUUUCUUGUUUUUUUUCCCAGGCUUUGUCUGUCUCACAGC